AUGGAAGGAAAAGUACAGGCCGAACUUGAUAAGAACCUUACGCGCAUUACCUUUGAUAAUGGUUAUGGACAAAAUGUUGCCAGAUUCACAAGAACCAAUAGAAGCAAUGAUAUACUGCACGCAUUGGAGUUGUGGUCCAGUCCUGUGCUCUACUACGGCAUCAAAAACGAAGUGAACAGAUACGAAGAUGAUCGUCUCUACACAUUCGCGAAUAUGAUUUAUGCAAAAACGUUACGAUUUGGAUGUGGAUGCAAGAAUGAAAGCGAAAUGGUUAUAAUAUCAUGCAUUUACAAUUUGAUAGGUGGCUAUUCGAAGAAUAUCCUAUACGAGAAAGGAGAAAAGUGCAAGAAAGCAAAAGAUUGCACAACGUACCCCGCGUCCAAAUGUGAGAAAGCUACAGGUCUCUGCAAGUACCCAGGUCCACCUCCAAAACCAGAUGAAGGAGAGAAUACCAAAUGCAGAGGUAACAAAGGAGUGACAGAUCGUUUGCGCGAAAAAGCCGUAGAAGCGCAUAACAUCAGAAGAAGCUAUCUUGCUUUGGGACAGGUACAAAAUGGCCCAGAUUCAAGGAAGUUACCUACCGCCUCUUAUAUGCCAAGAAUGAUUUACGACUGUGAAGUUGAGUUAGGAGCCAUUCAACACGUCAACAAGUGUACACUUACCAAAUCUUCUGAAGGUGAAAGAUCCGGUCUUGGGGAAAAUGUAUUCGUUUACCCCAUUCCAAACAUGGAUUCAGUGACUGCUAUUGAGGCUGCAAUAGAAUCCUGGUGGUCACAAUGUUUGUAUGAAUCGAUCAGAACAGAUCUGAAGUUUGUAGCAGAUUUCAAAAAUAAAGUCAUCGAUCAGACUGGUUUCACACAGAUGGCCUGGGGAAAAAGCGUCAAGUUGGGAUGUGCUGUGCGGACCUGCCAUACAUCUACUUUUGUAGUAUGCCGCUAUAGCCCAGCUGGCAAUAUUCUCAAUGAGAAUAUAUAUUCUGGCGGACAAGUAUGUGGUGGAUGCGUUGCUGCAUGUAACAGAACCGAAGGAUUGUGUAACAUCUAUUGA